GCGGCGGCGGAGGCGGUAACGGUAGCGGCGGCGGCUGGGUCGGGCCCCGACGGGCGGCGGCGGCUGAGGUGGAGGCGGAGGGAGGCGGCGGCGGCGGCGAAGGAGGCGGCGGCGGCGGAGGGGGGAAGAUGGCGGCGCCCGUCCUGCUGAGAGUGUCGGUGCCGCGUUGGGAGCGGGUGGCCCGGUAUGCAGUGUGCGCCGCCGGGAUCCUGCUCUCCAUCUACGCCUACCACGUGGAGCGGGAGAAGGAGCGGGACCCCGAGCACCGGGCCCUCUGCGACCUGGGGCCCUGGGUGAAGUGCUCUGCCGCCCUUGCCUCCAGAUGGGGUCGAGGAUUUGGUCUUUUGGGUUCCAUUUUUGGAAAGGAUGGUGUAUUAAACCAGCCAAACAGUGUCUUUGGACUUAUAUUUUAUAUACUACAGUUAUUACUUGGCCUGACAGCAAGUGCAGUUGCAGCUUUAAUCCUCAUGACGUCCUCCAUCAUGUCUGUAGUGGGGUCUUUGUACCUGGCCUACAUCCUGUACUUUGUGCUGAAGGAGUUUUGCAUAAUCUGCGUCAUCACAUACGUGCUGAACUUCAUUCUUCUUAUCAUCAACUACAAACGACUAGUUUACUUGAAUGAGGCCUGGAAACGGCAACUGCAGCCCAAGCAGGACUAACCACCUGACGAACUCUUAACUGACAGUCUGAAGUCCCUUUUUCCAUUAAGUUUAUUUUGCAGCAGUUUGGUUGGUUUUUUUUUUGUUUUUUUUUUUUUAAUUCUUCACAACAGACACUUUCCCUAAGAAUCUUAAACUGAUUUUUUAAAAUCCUGUAAAUUAGAAGGGGCUCUAGCUAUUUUCUGUGUCAAUCUUCAUUUUAAAUAUGGAUACAAAAAAACAAAGAGGAUACGCCGAGCCAAUCAAAGACAAGCUUUAACUUUACUUUGGAGAUGUUUCUGAAAUAAUAAAUGUAGCCCUAGCCUCCUUCCCUCAAUUGUAAAGUGAGCAACCAUUGCUAGUAAUUCUCUAAUGUGUAUAAAUUAAAUUUCAGCUAUAACAAAUGUGAUCAUGACAUGAAAAUAUUUUAGAAUAGAUACUGUAUUAAAUAUUGCCAUGUUUACAAUAUGUAAUGUUUUUAGCUGAUGGAUUUAAACAUGUAGAUUCAACUAGAAUCCAUUCAUGUGAUAUUUGUAAAUAAAGGUAGAAAUAUUGGAUCCAUCCCUGCAGAACUUACUGUACAGUUUAGUUGAAGUGUAGCAAUGAAGAAAUGUCAGCUCAACGUUGACUGAAGAAAUAGUGAAAAUAGUUAAGUCCAUACAGAGCAUCUUGUGAAAAGCACUGAGAGCUGUGGGUCUAGCAUUGACAGCAAAAAUAAUAGGGUGAUUGGUUCCCUUUCAUCUCCUUCCUCUGAAAGGAGGAAACUAAAUUUGGACAUUCAAGUCAAGCUUGUACCUAGUCAUAAAACUGGAUCAAUUAUAACAUUACAGAAUGAGUCAUGUGACCAGACUUUCAAGUCCAAGGCCUUCAGUAUACUAAAGAUGGGAAAAUGGGUAGAUUUCUUUGGAGAAAAGCUGGAAAUAUUAAUAUGGCAUUUUUAGGUAAAAUCUCUUACAACAGUUGAAUUUUCAUGCAGAUUAUUUUCCUUAACAUUGGUGCCAGUCAACCAAACAGUAUUGACUUUGAAAUCAUCAGUAUAAGCCCAGUCGCUCCAGAGUAGGAUUGCUCUUGGGUAACUCUGUAGUGUUUUCCCUGUUUCUUUCUACACUAAUUAACCAGAUGUCUAGUUUAAUUGUUUUAGAGUCAGAUACUGGAUUUGUAAACUUUAGGGCUGACAUGCUGCUCAGUUUGCUUAACUGGGAGGAGUACUAAAGGUAGAAAUAUCUCAAGGUGAAAUACAGUACUCUUUCUAAUAACUACCCAAAUGCAGAGUUUUUGAAAGUGAUCUGAAUAAACCCAAAUGAAAUAGUGAUAGUAUGUUUCUAUGGUUAACAUCUUAUAUCAGAUUGUUCAAAGUGCCUUCUGUCUUAAAUCUCAAACCAAAUAUUUUGUGUGUUGAACUUGGGCAGAAGUGUCCUUCCUUCCUUUCUUAGCAUGAAGUAGAAAACUUGCAUUCUAUAGAAAGGUUCUGUAUGAUCAUUUUAUUCCUUAGAUUGAGAAGUAGUAGCCAUGUUUUUGCUUCCAAUUCCAUUCAUCAUUAUGUUAAAAAGAGACCGGUAACUUCUGAGUGCUUUAUUUGCCUUCUUUUGAAGGGAGGGGACAGGCUCUGCUCUGUAAACUGUAACGUGCAGAGUCAGCAACUGUUCAGCAGUUUCCAACUAACUGUCAUAAUUGAUGCAAUGUAUUCUUCUGGCCCAAGGCAGGUAUAAAAUCUGAGUUGUAAUGUACUUUCAACCAGUUUAAACGAGUUUUGUAAAAGAUAGCUUAAUUCAGAUUUCAUCAAGGCUUAUGUUCUCCCA